AUACUAUUCGCCUACAAAGAUUUACUAAGACAAUAAAAUACAAGUUAAUUUUGCAUCAAUCAACAACCAGGCGAAAAAAGUGUAGUAAAAGUGGUUAGACUUGAAGUUAAUUUUUUUUUGGUUUUUAUUCAUUCAUGAAAAGCAAAGAAAAGAAACAAACUUCUAUCGAUUUUCAGCAGCACAGCCAUUGGUCAAUCAAAAAAAAUAAAACAAAACAAACCAGAAUCAUGGUCAAAAUGAUUCAUUUCAACAAUGUUUUAGUUUAAUGGAUAACUAGAUCAAAUUACAGUUGAAAAACGGAUUAGUGGAACACUAUGAUAAUGCGUUAUAUCUGGUUAAUAUGGUGUAUCUUAACAUGGACAGCAGCCAUAUUGUGUACAGUCGGAUUCCUGUUACCCUAUUGGUUGGAUGGACGAAUAUAUCCUGAUCAAGAAAUACUCCCUGAAGAAAGCGGUUCUCUCCGCUAUCCUGCUUAUUCAGAUCUACCAAGUACACUGAAUUUAUUUCGUCGAUGUGUUUACCCAGUAUAUACAGGAUUAGUAACAGAUAUUUUAUCAGAAAAUCCAGAAAAAGCAGCCAUCUUUUUAAAUCAACCGCCAACACAAAGAAUUGAUUUUAAACAUGCAUUUAUUGAAUCUUCAUUGAUUAAUAUACAAACGAAUUGUGGUUAUUAUCCAUUUUUUGAUAUACCGCAUACAGCAUGGAGAUUUAGUAUGAUUCUACUGGUGAUUUCAUGUUGUUUUUUAUUCUUUUUGGCCUUUUUCAUAUCAUUCACUGGAUGUUAUUUGAAUUUUCUAUGGCAAUUUAAUAAUAUACAUCGUAUGUGUCAAACUGGUCUACUCAUUUCUGGUCUUCUAAUCCUUCUGUGUUGCAUUCUCUUUCCUAUUGGAUGGUCGGACAAUAGUGAAAUUCUUCAAAUCUGUGGCCAACGAAGCUCAAGAUUUGAUUUAGGUCAUUGUCAACUUGGUUGGGCGUAUGUUAUCACAAUUAUGAGUGGUUUAUUGUCCGUUUUUUGUGCUGUCCUACCAAAUUUAUGCUUUCCAAAAAUAUUACAUGAGCUGAAACAACGUAAAUCCCACUGUGUCAAAGAGAAACAAGAACAGGCAAAUGAAUUGAUACCGCAUAUGUUAUCACAUGAGUAUAAUACAGCAGUAACAGGCAGUGGUGCAGCAACAGUUGCCGCUAGCGCUGGACCAGCUGCAGCAUCCAUUGAAACUGCUUCAACAAGUGUGCAUAUGUCUGAUCCACGUAUUCAUCGUAUUGGCUUUGAAUCACCAUGGAUGAGAAAUUGGAGUUGCAUGAAUACACCUGGACCAAUACAUGGACAAGGACAAGGACCAGUUGUACUACUGCAUCCUGAUUAUAAUCUACAUCCUGGAACCAUUCCAGUAUAUACAGAAAGUCAGUUGGGAUGUAGUCAAGGUAGUUUAGAUGAUGGUUCUUCAACAGGCACAGAAAAGAAAUCCGCCUUUCCGGUGCCAUCGAAUUCUUUUGCAAAUAAAUUAUCAAACACAGAGAAUACUAAAAAUAAUUAAUGAUAAGUAAAUAUAAUAUGCAUUUAUAUCUUCACAAGGAUACUCCUACACCUUAUGCCUUCAAAUUUCUAUUGUAAUUACUGAAAUGCAUGAAAUGCUAAUUAACACUCUCCACCUAGUUCUACAAAUUUUUAUGUAUAUCAUAUCAUAUGCAGUAUCAUUCAUUCAUUAAAUUGGAGGGAAACUGAACAUAUAAAUCCGUCAUAUCUGAUGAAUACAAUACUUCUUCAUUCUAGCCAGAGUAAAUGCUGACUAUUCACAUAUUGCUACUUAUACAUUUGUAAGUAGCUCAAAACGCUUGAAUACAUUUUUCAGAUAAGUGCAUGACAAUACACAAUACACAGUUUGGGAUCAAGCAAGCAUUCUGCAUUAUGUGUCAUCCCGAUAGUGCUUUGAAGAAUCCUCUGAUUAAUGCAUAUCUUCGUGUAUUACCCAAGCUUCAGAUGUUAGGAAUUCUGAUUUUCUCAGUAUACGACAAUAAUAAAUGAUGAAUCGAAAUUGAAGCACACCCAUGAAGUUAAACAUGCCUAAUUAAGCCUAGCUUUAUUCUGUGUUGAACGCUGUCUUUCUUUUGAAGAAAAACCAAGCGAUAUGCAUGUGUUCUCUAUCCUGUUGUAUAAACAUAGUUUUCAACAGAAUAAUACAAGCAAUGCCUUAUGAAUAAAUCAUAUUAUUUCUCUGUCAUAAGAUUUCUCUGUUUUUUUAUCAGCAUACUAAGAUAAAUAAACAUGUUCUUAUUCAAAUGACUGGCGUUUUCUGUUAUCUGUGAAAUGGGUGAUUUAAGUAAGAAGCACUCAUUGUCCUUCUAAACAA